ACUCUCCAUUAGUAAAAGCCAUAACAACCGCUUCAUACAAGCUUCAUUCCAGGAGAGAAGGACCUGCAAACUCAAGCCACUUGCAUUCAUUGGAGUAGCAAUCUUGAUCCAAAUAAAUUUUGCCUUCAUAAAUUCAUCUCCAUGACAGAGAAAAUGCGACUAACAUUUUUUGAUAUAGUGAUCUACUUUUCUAGAGAACAAAUGUACGGAACCAGUAAUAAAAAACCCCAUAAGAAUUUUAGAAACAAGGCGUCAACCCACAUAACUUUCUUAGUUAACUUGUAAACAUAACUAGCACAUCACUUGAUAUUUCAAUAGCAAUCAAAAUGGAAUUCUACGUAGUGAACAUGUAAGGAUCCUUUGAAAAAUCUAGUUUGUUAUAAUAUCACUUUCUUGUAUGUUAUUGACCGCCCUAAAUAAAUUUAAUAUUUUAUUAUUAUUAUUUCAUUUAAGUCCCAAUAAUCCUUAGAAUUCUUCUAACAUGAGUUGGACUAAUGCCAUAACAAAACCCGUACUAUUCAAAAAUGUCAUUUUUGUCCUAAACUAUUAAAUUUGGCAAUCCUUCCAAUUGUAACUUGCUCUAUUUUUGGAAUGAAAUAUUUAUGGAAUCCCCAUAAGCACGAACUAUUUUUUCAUUAGUGUUGAUCGUGAGUAGAUAACAAUCAAGAAGGUUACCGCUGAUGUGACAGUUGAUUGGGUUUAAAAUUGAUGAUGUGACAGUGAAGUGGAAUUAUAUUUACAAAUAUCUAAAAUAAAUAUAAAUUUUAUUUAAAAAAUCCGGUGUUGGCGACGGAGGGAGAAGAUGAAAAAUUUCCUUUAUCUUACAAGUCCGCAACCCACAUGUCGUCGACCAACGCUCUUUUCCUCAUUGGCCAUCAUUCCCCCAUGUUCUCUCUACAUCCUUCCAGUCUCUUCAACAAGAAAAGAUGAUGUUGAUGGCGAUGUUGGAUGCGACGAGGGAGGUAGAUCUUGCUGGAGUCUCUUGGACUCGACUAAGAAGGAAGAAAAUUGGUUGAUGGAGAAAAAAUCUGUCAAAGGCCGCCACUUCGUUCUUCAGGAUUACAGAACCACCACCUCAAGAAUCCUGAAAACGAUAAUGGUGGCACUGUAAGGAUCGAGUUUACUUGGAUUUGUGGGGAGCAGCCCAAAACCCAGAAACCCCCCACAAUUUUGUUAAUUAUAAUAAUUUAUAAUUUUAUGUUUUAUUUAUUGUUAUAAUGAGGUGGAAAUGAUAGAAGAUUACUUUUUUUAAUAUUUUUUAUUUGCCACGUCACUCAUUUAACGGUCGACUGAAAGGGUUUACUGUCACAUCAGCGAGAGUUAACGGAGACUAACGGAGAGUGACCAAACUUGAACUGUUGAACUAAUUUUAGUGACCAUGAAUGGAAUACACUAAUUUGAGUAGCAAAUGUAAAACUUUCUAGUAAUUCCAAUGACCAAACUUACAAUUUAUUCAUAUUCAAACUUAUGAUAUGUCUACCCAAAUUCUCAAAUUUAAGUGACACCGAGUUAUUUCUAGAAUAGAAAUUAGUUGUUUUACUUUGUUUGCUUUCCAAUCUCUAUUGUUCACCACCACCACACCAUCCUCAAUUCUCCUCUCUCAGCUUGUCUCUCCUAUCUGUUCCUUUCUCCCCGACUCUUUCCUCCGUCGAUCGCUUUCUCGGCUUCCCUCUCCUCUCUCUCUCUCUCUCUCUCUCUCUCUCUCUCUCUCUCUAGCCACCAUGAGUAAGGGACCGGAAAUCUUCUCCAAUAUCGGAAAGAAGGCCAGAGAUCUUUUGACGGCGGGAUACAGCUCCGAUCAGAAAUUCACCGUCUCCACGUACAGUGGCCCCGCCGGAAUUGCUCUCACCUCAACAGCUGUUAACAAGGGUGGACUGUCCACGAGUGAUAUUGGUGCCGUUUACAAGUACAAGAGCCACAUAUUUGAUGUGAAAAUUGAUACACUAUCUAAUAUUGCAACCAACCUCACGUUCAGUGACGUCCUUCCAUCAACAAAGGCAGUUGUUUCAUUUAAGUUGCCUGAUUAUAACUCUGGCAAGUUGGAGGUUCAAUAUUUCCAUCACCAUGCAACCUUUACCUCUACUGUUGCCCUGCACCAACAGUCUCCAGUAGUCGAUGCUUCAGUCACUGUUGGUACCCCAGCCAUUGCCUUCGGCGCUGAAACAGGAUACAAUACUACUUCUGGUAGUUUCACCAAGUACACUGCUGGGAUUAGCAUAACAAAGCCAGAUGCCUAUGCCUCAGUUAUUCUGGGUGACAAGGGUGACACCAUCACUGCUUCAUAUGCUCACCAUCUGGACGAGUCGAAGAGAAGUGCAGCUGUGGGGGAGAUCAUGAGAAGGUUUUCAACCAAUGAGAAUACUUUUACGGUUGGUGGCUCACAUGCCAUUGACCAUUUGACACUAAUAAAGGGAAAGCUGAACAACCAUGGGAAACUUGCAGCUCUUCUGCAGCAUGAAGUGAUACCAAAGUCACUGAUGACCAUCUCUGGGGAAAUCGACACCAAGGCCUUGGACAAACAUCCCAAGCUCGGCAUAGCACUUGCUCUCAAGCCUUGAUCAAUCUCUUCGGUGACGAAAAGUUGUUUCAAAAUUCGUUUGCACAUUCUUUCAAAAACUUUAUUUUGGUUAUCAUCUCUUUUCCAGUCUCAUGGAUGGGCACUUCAAGGAAAUGUGAAUAAGCAGUUCCACAGGUUUUGCUAGGAUUAGGAGUUGCUGUGGAUGGACACUAUUGAUGCACCGGGUCUGUUCGCCGAUUGAGACUAUUGUCCAUGUUCCAUCUUUCAUAGGUGCUGAUCAUUUUGGGUUAAAUGACACAUUUGGUCAUUUGAGUUAUUCGUUUGUUUUGCGUUUGUUUGGUUGUUUUUUUCAUUGGAUCAGUGGUUACUCACGUUGUUCCCUUAUUUCAUUGUUAGUCCCAAAUUCGUUAACGGUGUGUUUGGAUAUGAUGAUAGAAGAAUCUGGAUUUGGUAUUUGUGAUUUGGAUUUAUAAAUGUCAAAUUAUUUGUUUGGGUCAAGGUUGUCAACCCGUAGGUCGACCCAUUUUGACCCUGGUCCGGUGAGAAAAACGGGACGCACGCACCCGUAGCGUUUACUGCUACAAGGUACCGGGUUGGAGGUCAAAUUGUGUCAUGUUUUCCUUUGGUUUGCGAAAUACGUCUAUUUUGCGAUUUUUCUUUUUGCCUAACUCAAUCUUUGGAAUCCUAAGUUGAACAUUUGAACAUUGAUGUUACAUAAGUUUGUGUGAAUUUUCACUAUAUGUUGGAUCUAAGUACGACAUGUUAUUUUGGUGUAAUAUUAUAUGUUAUAACUCAUAUGUUAAAUGAAAUUUGAUAUAAUUUAUCAGGAUAAGUAUAAUAUAAUGACUCUUUUCAUAUUUCCGGGCUAAACUAGGUGACCCAUUAAUCCUUGACCCACUAGCUCGAUCGGGUCCGGGUCAACCCACGGGUUGACAACCUUGGUUUGGAUAAUAAUUACGUUUAGUAUUUGAAUUUGUGCCAAAUUUAUGAAGUAAUUUUCAAGUACAUGUCUAGCGAAUCACUUGUCAACUUCAAAUACAUUUGACCAACUAGUGAUUUGAAAUUCCUCCUAACAUAAGAUUGGAUUUAUUUGUAAAAUUUUAAAUGUUAAGGUACUAUAAUGUGAGGCAAAACAUAUAAAGGUACCAAAACAAAAUGUUACCACCAAAAUUUUUGGACCUUUUUGUAAAAUUUUAAAAGUUUAGAUAUUAAAUUAUAAGAAAAAAUAAAUUUGGAU